AGCGUUGGUAGUUUCUCUGCGCCAGUGCUGUCGACCUAGUGGAGAAAAAAUAUUCGUCGCAAAAAUGCAAUACGGAGAUGUAGACAGGGGCGAGGGUAGGACAGGCCGCCAUUAGCCGCCGGAUUGCGAGUCCAUCCGCAGACACUGGGAGAGCUCACGGAGCUGGAGGCGAUCAAAGCUCGGGUGCGAGAGAUGGAGGAGGAAGCAGAAAAGCUGAAGGAGUUACAGAACGAGGUGGAGAAACAGAUGAAUCUUAGCCCUCCACCAGCGGGUCCCGUCAUCAUGUCCAUCGAGGAGAAAAUGGAAGCUGACGCGAGAUCUAUCUAUGUUGGAAACGUUGAUUACGGUGCCACGGCGGAGGAGCUAGAAGCCCACUUCCACGGUUGCGGCUCCGUCAACAGAGUCACCAUCCUGUGUGACAAGUUCACAGGGCAUCCCAAAGGGUUUGCCUAUAUCGAGUUUUCAGACAAGGAGUCUGUGAGGACGGCCAUGGCAUUGGACGAGUCUCUGUUCAGAGGAAGGCAGAUUAAGGUGGGUGUGAAGAGAACAAACAGGCCAGGUAUCAGCACCACAGACCGCGGGUUUCCUCGGGCACGCUUCCGCUCACGAGGAGGGAACUUUAACCCGUCGCGCGCACGUUACUACAGUGGCUACACACCGCCCAGAGGCAGAGGACGGGCCUUCAGGGGCCGAGGGCGAACAACAUCGUGGUAUUCCCCUUACUAAUACCCCCAAACACCCUUACUAUCACCUCCUUGUCCCCAUACAAAAAAAGAAUGAAAAAAGUCCCCCAAUAAAGGAAGGAACCCUGAGAAGAAAAAAAGACAAAAAAAAGACAAAAAAUAUAUAAAUAUAUCCUGGACAGACAAACUGGCCGCAGUGUGCGAUUGUGUGUGAGCGUGCGUGUGCGGAGUUGGUGCGGUCACCCUGGUAAGGUAUAUGAUGGCCGUUGGGGAGAUUUGGUGGCAUUUCUUUUGAGAAGAUGUUAUCUCAGGCUGCAGAUGUGUCUCCUUUGUCUGGGUGUGAGGGUCACAGCCAACACAGCCCCCAAAUGCUUACAUUUGAAAAGCAAACAUCGAGGAUAAGUCUAUCUUUUUUGCUUUUUUUUAUGUACCGUACAUGUGAAACUUCCAAUAGCAAAAAUGUUGUUUAUUUUUUUAGGUUGUGGUAUUGGAGUUCUCAUAUUCCCUUGUCUCUCUGACCAGUUGCCACUUACCCUGCCCCAUCCUUUAACUCAUCACUUUUGUUACCAUCUCCCUUUGGUUCCAUCCCAUGCUCUCUUGUUUUCAGUAUCUGACAGCGAUUGCCUUUCAGUGGGUAAAUAAAUAAAUGUAAUCUCCUUUUAGCCCAUGGCAUUCACCCCAAGAAAGCAUGGCCAGAGCUCUGCCAACUUUACUUUAUUUUGUGGGUCUGGUACUUUUUCCCCCUCCUUGCACCCCUCUGCCUUUCUGUGCUGCUUCUCUUCCCAUUUGUCCUUCACCUCAUCUCCAUGUCCUUCACCUCCUCUCAGUGUCCCUCUUCUUUCUCCCCCUCUCCUCUCUCUGUAUAUUAGACCACUUCUUGUCGUUUCAGGUUUCAGGACCAGUGGAGGCUGACAACCCCUGCUCCGGUGGCCGCGGCGCCCCCCAAUGUCUCGGCAGGGUCUCUCUCUCUCACUGCUCCUGCUAUGCACACUCACCCCAUCCUUUCUGUGUGGGGGGGAGGGGGCCAGGGCGAUCACAGGGCUACCGCAGGGGGCAUUUACUACAACAAGCGUUGAGCUGUCUUACACACACACACACACACUAGGCCCACACACUUUGCAGACACUACACAACCAACCACCACACAUAUUUAUAGAGCGAGUUAAUGUCAAGAUGGCAGCAGCUGUUUUAGUUGGGAGAGUGAGAAAGAUGGGACCAGAGAAGGGGCGGUGGGGGACCAGAGAAGGGGCGGACGGGUGGGGGACCAGGGCCCUGGCCCCGUUUCGGACAGUGGCACAGGGGCUAAAGUAAUUAAUUAAAAAGAGUGGAGCUUUUAUUUUAAGGGGGGUGGGUUUGUGUGGAGGGGUUUGGUUUUUGGAAACAGGAGUGGGUUUAAAAAAAAAAGAUUCGCUUUUUUAUUUUUAACCCAUAAGUCUGUAAUUAGAAAAAAAUAAAGACUGUAAAAAAUUA